AUGACACCCACCAGCUUCUAUCACCACCAAACUCAGGAUUGCACAGAGCCCUCCCCACGGGGCCCCCCAGCAGAGCCCCCCAGCACGGAGCCCCCCAGCAGAGCCCCCCCAGCAGAGCGCCCCCCCACGGAGCCCCCCAGCAGAGCCCCCCCACAGAGCCCCCCAGCAGAGCGCCCCCCCCACGGAGCCCCCCAGCAGAGACCCCCAGCACGGAGCCCCCCAGCAGAGCCCCCCAGCACGGAGCCCCCAGCAGAGCCCCCCAGCACAGAGGCCCCCUCCCACACGGAGCCCCCCAGCACGGAGCCCCCCAGCAGAGCCCCCCAGCAGAGCCCCCCAGCACAGAGGCCCCCUCCCACACGGAGCCCCCCAGCAGAGACCCCCCUGCACGGAGCCCCCCAGCAGAGACCCCCCUGCACGGAGCCCCCCAGCAGAGCCCCCCCACGGAGCCCCCCAGCAGAGCCCCCCCCACGGAGCCCCCCAGCAGGCUGGGCGUCCAGGAAUGGCCCCGCUCAGGUCCUUGUCCCUGUUCCUCGUGGUUCAAAUCGAGCAGGGCCAGGCACCGGUGGCCCUCAGGUCUCAGGGCUGAACUGCAAGGGUGGCCUGCGAGUGGCCUCCUUGGAGGAGCGGGCCCGGGCCGUGUGCACUGAUACCCCAGAGGGCUUCCGGAGGCCAGAGGAGCCCCCGGCCCAGAGGCCACCAGGAACACUUGCCCCAGCUACCAAGCUCCUGGACCUGCCCACAGGAAGCACAGGGACGUGCGGGGCCGGGGGGACAGACACAGCUGGACCAGGUACAAUCCAGUAUGGAGCCCAGCCCGCAGCCAGCACCCCCGGGCAUCUUAGGGAGCCUGUGACAGCGGGCGGUCCCCAGUGCCCAGCCAGCACCCCCGGGCAUCUUAGGGAGCCUGUGACAGUGGGCGGUCCCCAGGCCCCCAGCCAGCACCCCCGGGCAUCUUAG